CGGCGGCGCUCGGCUGUCUCCGGCCGCUCGGCUCGGCGCUCGGCUCGGGUCCGCGGCCGCUGCGGCGCGGGGCAUUUCUCCGCAGCUCGGCUCGCGGCCGCGCCCGCCCGGCCCGCGCCCAUGCAGGCCAUCAAGUGCGUGGUGGUCGGCGACGGCGCCGUGGGGAAGACCUGCCUGCUCAUCAGCUACACGACCAACGCCUUCCCGGGAGAGUACAUCCCCACCGUUUUCGACAACUACUCCGCCAAUGUGAUGGUGGACGGGAAGCCGGUCAACCUGGGGCUAUGGGACACUGCCGGGCAGGAGGACUACGACCGGCUGAGGCCACUGUCCUAUCCCCAAACUGUAGGUGACAACAGGGCCAGCCGCAGUUGCUGGGUGGCUUGGGUGGGGCCCUGGAGGUCCUCCUGUGUGAGUGUGCAGGGGGCAGGGGCCGUUUGGAGGUCCGUGACCACUCCCACCGGCGCCCCCCUCUCCCUUUCUCCCAAGGAUGUCUUUCUGAUCUGUUUCUCUCUGGUGAGCCCCGCGUCCUUUGAGAAUGUCCGAGCUAAGUGGUACCCAGAAGUGCGACACCACUGCCCCCACACGCCCAUCCUCCUGGUGGGCACCAAGCUGGACCUCCGUGAUGACAAGGACACCAUCGAGCGUCUGCGGGACAAGAAGCUGGCACCGAUCACCUAUCCCCAGGGCCUGGCCAUGGCCCGCGAGAUCGGCUCUGUCAAGUACCUGGAGUGCUCAGCCCUCACUCAGCGGGGCCUGAAGACGGUGUUUGACGAGGCCAUCCGGGCUGUGCUCUGCCCGCCGCCUGUGAAAAAGCCGGGGAAGAAGUGCACGGUCUUCUAGAGGGUCUUCUAGAGGCUGCUUCAGGAGGGGCAGCCCCGCCCGGCCCCGGUUUGCUGUCGUGUUGACCUGUCUGGUGUCCUUGAGUCUGCUGUGGGGGAGUGGCGUGGGUGGGGAGGGGGAAGAAGCAUGGGGACGAGGCCACCGCUCCUGGGGACAGGGCUGGGGCAGUGGGGUCCUGUCUGCUCUGUCUCCUCUCUCUGGGGUUACAGCUCCAGCUGUACCUGGACCCCACGGGAGGCUGGAAGGGAGCAGGGUCUCCCUCAGGCUGCAGGGGCGGGUCCAGGGCAGCCCCAGGAUGGGCUUCCUGAUGGGGGGAGGUGGGGGGGUGGGGCCUGUUCAUGCACCCCAGGAUCGGGUGGCCCUUACUUCUUUUAUACAAUAAACGUUC